AAGAAAAAGAUUAAACAAAAUUUCCAACGUCCACAGCUCCAGACGCAACGAGGCCACGCCCUAGCUUGCUUCCGCCGGCCGAUCCCUUCCGCCGCUGCUUCACUGCUCCUCUCUGCCGCUGAUACUCUUCUCUCCUGAUCUAAGCAGAUCCUUGUGAACUUCUAUUUGAUUCUUGAUUCAAAGGGGGAGCGGCAAGAGCCGAUCCAUGGCAUUGCAAAGGAGCACAUGCAAACUAGUCAACAGUUUGAAGUUUCUCCUUCCUCGGAGAGCUUCAUAUCUUCAUUCACAUGCCACCAGCUUCGGAUUUAAGGAAGUCCGAGAAGAAGAAAAAAGUAAAUUGGUUGGUAAUGUCUUCAGUAGUGUCGCUUCAAACUAUGAUCUGAUGAAUGAUCUGAUGAGUAUUGGAUUGCACAGAUUGUGGAAGGACAGAUUGGUUACAAAGUUGGGUCCUUUUCCUGGAAUGAAGCACCUUGAUGUGGCUGGCGGGACAGGUGACAUAGCCUUCCGUGUCCUUGAGAGUAUAAGGAGUGUGAGUCGCAGAGCCAUGCAGGAUGGCUUUGCUGAAACUGAGGAACAGACACAAAUUUACAUAUGUGACAUUAACCCAAACAUGUUGAAUAUCGGCAAGAAACGUGCUAUUGAGAGAGGAUUUGCGGAGGACCGCUAUCUUCACUGGGUAGAAGGAGAUGCAGAAGCUUUGAGUUUUGAGGAUGAGUCAAUGGAUGGUUACACCAUCGGUUUUGGUAUCAGAAAUGUGACACACAUUGAGAAAGCUCUUGCGGAAGCUUAUAGAGUCCUAAAGCGGGGUGGCAGAUUCUUAUGCCUUGAGUUGAGCCAUGUGGAGUUUCCUGUCUUUAAACAGCUCUAUGAUUACUAUUCCUUUUCGGUCAUUCCUGCUGUUGGAGAGCUUGUCGCUGGUGAUAGAGAGUCUUACCAAUACUUGGUUGAGAGCAUCCGGCGAUUUCCUAAUCAGGAUGCAUUCGGUCGGAUGAUUGUCGAUGCAGGCUUUCAGAAGGUGGAAUACGAGAAUCUAGUUGGUGGGGUGGUUGCCAUUCACUCUGGACUAAAAUUGUAGGGUCCUUGCGAAGGAGCUCGCAACGAUCACGCGUUCUUUUCAAGAGUGAGUUUGAUAUCCAUCAAGGAAUUGUGUCGGCGGCAUCUUCUCAGCAGAAAUUCAACUAGCAACACCUUUGAUCAUAUGAUACUUUUCUUUCUUUGUUGAGAUUCAGUGGACCAACAAAAAAUAAAAUGGUGUGCCAACAAGUUACAGAAUUUUUGUUUUGGCACU